AUGCAUCCGUCCAAGGACAUGCAGGACUACUCGAGCUUCUCUACCCCGGCGCGGCGCAAGUGCCUAUUCCCGGGCGAGCGCCGCCUUCAGUUCUUCCAGUACUACACGCAGUCCAACUGCGAGCUGGAAUGCCUCGCCAACACAACUUUCCGGGAGUGCAAAUGCGUCGACUUCUACAUGCCUCAAAAUCGGAGCAUGCCUGUUUGCAAACAAGAUCAAGAGUCAUGUGUAAAAAAAGUGAUAGAACGUAUUAACUGGGGAAGGUCUUCAGAGGAAUGUGGACCAACAGACCCCCCUUGCGGAUGCAUCCAAACCUGCACCUACUUACACUACAAGGUUGAAACGUCAAGUGGCAAUCUGCAUCAGAAAAAUGAGAAUAUAUCACACGAGAGGUCAAAUAUAGAAAAGGAGAGUCCAAUUAGUAGAUCAGUUAUAUCAAUUUACUUUGAAGAUUCUCAUUAUCUCCCCUUGGAACGCAAGCCACUACGUGAUACACUUGAUAUCUUGGCGAACGUGGGCGGCUUCAUGGGUCUCUGUUUGGGGAUGAGUCUUCUCAGCGUGAUCGAGUUGUUCUAUUGGAUCCUCAUUCGACCUUGCUGCCAACGUAUCAAACAGAGCAACCCACAACUUCGCAGCAUCAAGAAAGCCAUAGCAAAGAAAGUUGAAGCAUCUGUUCAAUAUUCUAGACAAUUCGAAAAUGAAGAAAAUCGUGUCUGAAAAAAACAUGAACACAUUCCUUCAAGAUGAAUCAGAAC